AUGUUGGCUACCAUCACCAGGCCAGUAGGCGUGGACGUGGGCAGUGACCGUUGUCUCAGUCUCGCCAAGACACCGCCCGCCAUGUCGACCAAUUCGGGCAUGCAGAACCUCAUUGAGGUGGUCAACAAGCUUCAAGAUGCCUUUGCCUCCCUGGGUGGCGAGGUGCCCCUCGAUUUGCCUCAGAUCGCCGUGGUCGGCGGUCAAUCCGCUGGCAAAUCCUCCGUCCUUGAAAACUUUGUGGGAAAGGACUUUUUGCCUCGCGGUUCGGGCAUUGUCACCCGUCGCCCCCUGGUGCUUCAGCUCAACUACCAUCCCUCAGCUGAGUGGGGCGAGUUCUUGCAUGCUCGAGGCAAAAAGUUUACCGACUUUAACGAAAUUCGCCAAGAAAUCGAGGCUGAAACAGAUCGCAUGACCGGCAGCAACAAGGGCAUUUCCAACAUCCCUAUCAACUUGCGCGUCUACUCUCCCCACGUUCUGAACCUGACACUGGUCGAUCUGCCGGGUCUGACCAAGGUGGCCGUCGGCGACCAGCCCGCGGACAUUGAAAAUCAAAUCCGCGGCAUGCUCAUGGAGUUUAUCACCAAAGACAACUGCAUCAUUCUGGCUGUCACACCUGCCAACCAGGAUCUGGCCAACUCGGAUGCCCUCAAGCUCGCCAAGGAGGUGGAUCCAGAGGGCGUGCGCACGAUUGGUGUCAUCACCAAGCUUGACCUCAUGGACAGUGGCACAGACGCUCGUGCCAUUUUGACCAAUGAAUUUCUACCCCUGCGUCGCGGCUACAUUGGUGUUGUCAAUCGCUCACAAAAGGAUAUCGACGGACGCAAAGACAUUCGCGCUGCCCUUGACGCUGAGCGCAAGUUCUUUCUCAUGCACCCGUCGUACAAAGACAUUGCCUCCAAGAACGGCACACCAUAUCUGCAAAAGGCCCUCAAUCAGCAGCUGACCAACCAUAUUCGCGAAUGCCUCCCCGGCAUUCGCAACAAGCUGCAAAAACAGCUCGUUGCUCUUGAGAGCCAGGUGGCCGAGUUCAAGCAUUACGAUCCCAAUGACGGCACCAAAAACACCAAGGCCAUGGUGCAGAUGGUCAAUCAGUUUGCCAACCAGUUUGAAAAACGCAUUGAGGGUUCUGGUGACACGGUCAACGUCGAGCGUCUCAGUGGUGGCGCACGCAUCGCCCGUGUGUUUCACGAGCGCUUCCCCUUUGAGCUCGUCAAGAUGGAUCUCGACGAGCGCACGCUGCGCCGUGAAAUUGGCUUUGCCAUCAAGAACAUUCGUGGUAUCCGCGUUGGCCUCUUCACCCCUGAUAUGGCCUUUGAAGCCGUCACCAAGCGCCUGAUCGAGAAGCUCAAGAUGCCUUCCCUAAAGUGCGUGGACAUGGUAUGUGAAGAGCUGGUUGAGCUCUUGAAUGAUGUCACGCAAAACAUGGCGCGCUAUCCCCGCCUUCGUGACGAGUGUGAAACGCUCGUCUCGACGCACAUUCGCGAUUGCGAGGAAAAGGCCAAGGUGCACAUCAACAACCAGAUCUCGAUUGAGCUCUCGUACAUGAACACCAAUCACCCCGAUUUCAUUGGGUUUGCCAACGCCGCCAACGGCAAGCGUGCGCGCAGCAGCAAUACCAUGCGUGCAGACGCGCCUACCCAGGAAAUCCGCAAGGGUUAUUUGGGCAUUGGCGGCUCAGGCCGUCUAGGUGGCGCCAAGGACUACUUUUUCGUGCUGCAAGCCUCUUCCCUCGCAUGGUACAAGGACUCGGAUCAGAAAGAGCAAAAGUAUCUCUUGUCCUUGGAUGACUUGAAGUUGCGCGUUGUCGAGGAGAGCAGCCUUUUGGGCCGCAAGCGCUUUGCCUUUGAGCUUUUCAACUCGGAGGACAGCCACAAGAACGUGUGGAAGAACCACGAGACCCUUGAGCUGGUGGCACCAACUCAAGAGGAGAUGGAGGGCUGGAUGGCUUCCUUCCUACGCGCGGGCGUGUACCCUCAGAAUGAAGAGGCGGAGGACGCGGCUCAGAUUGAGGACGAGGAGAGCACCGACCCCCAGCUUGAGCGCCAGGUCGAGAUUAUUCGCAACCUCGUUGACUCGUACAUGCAAAUUGUCCACAAGACCCUACGCGACCAGGUGCCCAAGGUCUGCAUGCACAUUAUGGUAAACAACGUCAAGGAGUUUAUCAGCGACGAGCUGAUUGCCCAUCUCUACCGCCAAAGCCCCGAGGAGCUGAUGGAGGAGUCUCCAGAAGAGGUGAAUCGCCGUAACGAGCUUCUCGCCAUGUACCAGGCUUCCAAGCAGGCUCUGGACAUUAUCAAGGACGUUAACCUGACAACAAAGAGCGAGUCUCUGCCUCCUCCAGUCGAGAAUAGCAUUCCUGUCAGUGCACCCCCGCGUCCAGCUCCUGCCGGUCGCCCCGGCGCCCCACCCCCACGUCCCACAUCGACGGGUGGCGGCCCACCCAAGCCUUCUCCUCGCGCGCCUGCUCGUCCAGCCACCGGUGCACCCAAUCCCGCCGUGCCCUCUCGUCCAGCGCCAAGCCAGCGCAGCGCACCACCGCCACCCAGCAGCCGCCCCACUAUUCCGGGGCGCCCCACUGUGCCCCAGCGCCCUUAA